AUGAAUUGGACAGCACCCGAUGAAAUGCCUUCAACCGACGUCGCCUCCUUUGUGCAGUAUCUGCAAUCCGCAAGACGCAUCGUCGCUCUGCUGGGGGCGGGCCUCUCGGCCUCGAGCGGCUUACCUACUUUUCGCGGUGCCGGAGGACUCUGGCGAACCUACGAUGCCACCAGGCUAGCCACUCCAGGGGCGUUCAAAGCCGACCCGGGUCUCUCAUGGCAGUUCUACUCCUAUAGACGCCAUAUGUCCCUUAAUGCCAAACCAAAUCGAGCCCACCUUGCGUUGGCCGAGCUAGCCCGCCGCAACUCCAACUUCCUUACGCUUAGCCAGAAUGUCGAUGGCCUGAGUCCGAGGGCCGGUCACCCUCCGGAGCAACUCAAGCUCCUUCACGGAUCUCUGUUCGACGUGAAAUGCUGGGAUGAGCAUGGAUGUGGCUAUAUCCGUAGGAACGACUUUAGCGAUCCUAUUGUCCCUGCGCUAGCCCUGCCAACGGUGGACGAAGGACUCUCCGCCGAUUCACAACUGAAGGAGGCGAUUCGGAAGAAGAACCAUGCCCUAAUUCGAGGAGCUGACAUCUCAGACAUCAACGUGAACAUUCCGAGCCUUAGACGAGAUGACCUACCUCAUUGUCCGCAGUGUAAGGAAAACCUCCUUCGCCCAGGAGUGGUGUGGUUUGGAGAGACGUUGCCUGCAGAUGUCCUCAGUGAUGUGAGCCGCUGGUUCCAACAACCAGAAAAUAUCGACCUCAUCCUGGUGAUUGGCACAAGCUCUCGAGUGUAUCCGGCGGCAGGAUACACUGAAAUGGCGCGAGAGAAGGGAGCGCGGGUGGCAGUUAUCAACAUGGAUCCCGGGGAUGCCAGAGAGAUGACGAAGCACGACUGGUUCUUUGAAGGAGACGCAGCCACGAUUGUGCCAGAGAUUCUCGAGAGCGUGACUGGCAGGAUAGGUGAGUUUGACGAAACAAAGGUACUUUAG